UUCCCUGGACACUUUCCUGGUUCAGGGUAUUUUAGACAUGAAACUGAGUGUGAACAGGGCUGUUCACAUGUUGUUGAAGGCACAGCAGCUUUUCCAUACACGGAGUCAAUAUUUUGGUGUGCAACAACAUCAGAGUUUUUCACCCCUUGCACCACUUCCUCCUGUGCUAUGGAGAAUCCCUUGUGGUUUGAGUUUUGAAAUGUAAGACUUGAGUGUUAAUACAGAAGCUGCUGAAAACAGUCACACCCCCUCUUCAUUUGUGUGACUGGGGCUGAUCCAGCCCCUGGGGCUCUUCAGGGCUCUCCAGGGCAGCAGCACCUCCCUUCCUUUGGCUGGAGGGAGAAUUCCAUCUCGCACAGGUUUUUUUCCUCUGACACAAAGGUCUUUCCAACUGCCUGGUUAAAUUUUAGUUCUGCUAGGUGUGCUCUGAAAAAUGCUGCAAAGCAAAUUGUGCUGGGUCUCGGAGCCAAAAGAGGAGGGAGAGAGAAGUUUGGAGAUAGGGAAUGUGGGCAGCCAACUUCAAACCUGGAGUUAAUUUUGUUCUCUAUCCCAGUGUGAGCCCAGGGGCCCCAGAACCCCCCAUUAUUGGUGCCUGAGAACAUCUCGUUCAUCUCUGUAAACACUUGACCAUUCCUUCCUCAUUGCACGGCUUCUUCUUCUGCUCUGGACUCAGAGAACGCAGAAAUAUCACAGAAAUAUCACAGCAUUCAUGCACAAGAGCUGAUCCUGCCUCCAGUCACUCUGCUUGAAGUGGAAGCACUUGGAAGAAAAGCGUUGUCCUGUGCCUUGGCUCCAGGUGAGCAUGCCCCCGUCCAACGAGAGCAGCCCGACUCCAGACACGUUCAUCCUGACGGGGGUCCCGGGCAUGGAGCACCUGCACGUCUGGAUCUCCAUCCCGUUCUGCUGCCUGUACCUGGGGGCCCUGCUGGCCAACGGGGUGCUGCUGGCCACCAUCUGGGCCGAGCACAGCCUGCACCAGCCCAUGUACCUGUUCCUGGCCAUGCUGGCCCUCGCCGACCUCACGCUCUCCACCACGGCCGUGCCCAAGGCGCUGGCCCUGUUCUGGUUCCGAGCCGGGCGCAUUUCCUUCGGCGCCUGCCUGACCCAGAUGUUCUUCCUGCACUUCACCAGCCUGGUGGAGUCGGUGAUCCUGCUGGCCAUGGCCUUCGACCGCUUCGUGGCCAUCUGCUGCCCGCUGCGCUACGGCGCGGUGCUGACGCCGCGGGCCGUGGCGGGCGCGGGGCUGGCGGCCGUGCUCAGGGGGUUCUGCGCCAUCCUGCCCUGCGUGCUGCUGCUGCGGCGCCUGCCCUUCUGCGGGCCCCGCCGCAUCCCGCACACCUACUGCGAGCACAUGGCCGUGGCGCGCCUGGCCUGCGCCGACAUCCGCGCCAGCCGCUGGUACGGGCUGGGGCUGCCCUUCGCCGUGGGCGUGCUGGACCUGCUGCUCAUCGCCGCGUCCUACGCGCUCAUCCUGCGGGCGCUGGCCCGGCUGCCGUCCCGCGCCGCCCGCGGCAAGGCCCUGCACACGCUGGCCUCGCACCUCUGCGUGCUACUGCUGUUCUACGUGCCCGCCGCCUUCGCCGCGCUGGUGCAGCGCUUCGGCCGCAUCCCGCCCGACGUGCACAUCCUGCUGGCCAACCUGUACGUGCUGUUCCCACCGCUGCUCAACCCCGUCGUGUACGGCGCCAGGACGCGGCAGAUCAGGGACAGGGUGCUCAAGGUGUUCGCCUGCCCCAGGAGCUGCGUGUGAGACCAGCAGAGGGAAAAUGAUGGAGCCCACAUGGGGCUCCAAGCUCCCCACCCCAAAUUCUCCUCCAGCUCUUUCGGGCAACGCCCCAAGUCUGCCGCCCCAGAGAAAUACAGAACAGCCGGCAUCCUCAUCACCCUCCCCAGGUUUGUGCAAAAUGCAAGAUAAAGGCAAAAAUCAGGAUCUCUGACUGGCAAUGGAAGGAGAGUGAUGGAAAAAAUGAGAACCUGCUCCAGGUACGUCACCUUUGGGAAAUCCCGGACUCAUAGCUGGGGUGGAAAGGGACCCCAGAGCUCAUCCAACCCCCUGCUCCAGAGGUUCACCCAGAACAGGUUACACAGCAUCAGCCAGGUGGGUUUCACCCUCUCCAGAGAAGGAGACUCCACAGCCCCCCUUGGGCAGCUGUUCCAGUGCCCCAUCACCCAUACAGUAAAAUAAUUUGUCCUCAUAUUCAGCUGGAACUUCCCAUGUAAAUGCCCUACAAAGAGCAGGUGGGUGGAAUUCCACUGUGGUGUGACAGCAAAUCUGGACUCAGGUGGAAGGAUGCAUAAUGAAUGUGUU